AUGACUCGAAAACGCGCCCAGUUUUCCCCGAGGGUGAUCAGCCAAAUGAUCAUACUUGCAAUAUGCCGUUUCGCUGAACCAGUAGCAAUGACCUCCGUCACUCCAUAUCUUUACUACAUGAUCGCUCACUUUGGAGUCCCACAAGAAGAGAUUGCCAAGUAUGUGGGGAUAACUUUCGCUAGCUUUUCCUUCUGCCAGUUCUUCACUGGUAUAUGGUGGGGAAGAGCCAGCGAUAAGUUUGGUAGAAAACCAAUGGUCAUGUUGGGCUUAAGUGGAACACUUUUGUCGCUGAUGGUAUUUGGGUUUUCAACGAAUAUAAAGAUGGCCAUCGCUGCAAGAUGUUUUUCCGGAUUAGUGAAUGGGAAUGUGGGUAUUGUACGGACUAUGAUUGCAGAAAUGGUUCCUGAAAAAGAGUUACAACCCCGUGCAUUUUCCCUGAUGCCUCUUAUAUGGACUACCGGGUCGAUAAUUGGCCCUGUACUUGGCGGAUUUUUAGCAGAUCCUAUCACGAAUCAUCCCGGUUGGUUUAGUGGAGAACCUCCUGCCUUCUUUAAAAAGUUUCCAUUUGCCCUUCCAAACAUCGUCGCUUCGAUGUUUUUCGUUAUCGGUUUAACAACAGGCAUUCUUUUUCUAGAUGAAACAAUUGAGACAAUGAGAGAUAAGCCCGAUGUAGGUCGCAGAUUCGGGGGCAAGAUCAUCAAGUACUUCAAGUCAAGGUCCCAUCAUCGUAAAGAUAUCGCGGAUGAAACCACAUCUCUGCUCCAGAGUGAGAGCUCGUCCGUAUUGGAUGAAGAGAUUUCUGCCGCACAAAGACAACAAGCCUCAAAGCCUCAAAGCGCUCCUCCUAUACGUGAUGCCUUCACAUUCCAGUCCUCCAUUAAUCUGCUUGUUUACUGCCUUUUGGCUUUGCAUUCAAUCACCUUUGAUCAAAUGCUCCCUGUACUUAUGGCCUACCCGCCUGAAGACCCAGAAAAUAGGUUUCUGCCCUUCAAAUUUGCUGGUGGCUUUGGUAUGAGCUCUUCGCAAGUUGGAUUCUUCUUUUCGAUAUACGGAGUGAUCGGUAUGGUGAUGCAGAUCUUUAUAUUCCCCCCGAUCACGAAUAGACUAGGAGCACUUCGCUGCCUAAUAAUUAGCUCCUUUGCGUUCCCAGUUAUCUACUUCCUCACUCCCUUUGCUGUGAUUCUUCCCGAGAAGUUACAACAGCCAGCAAUAUUUGCAUUAUUGAUGGUCAAGAGCAUGGCGGGAAUAUUUGCAUUCCCUUGUAGCACAAUUUUAUUAACAAACUCGUCUCCAACGUUGCGUCUUCUCGGAACACUCAACGGAAUUGCCGUGACCUUAGCUGCUAUGGGAAGGGCUGUUGGUCCAGCUGUGGGAGGACUUAUUUUCAGCUUGGGCCAAAGGAUUGGCUACCUUAUCCUUCCGUGGUGGGUACUUUCAUUAGCAACAUUUCUUGGGGCACUACCUGCUCUUCUUCUCGUUGAAGGUGAAGGUUUCGCUGGUGAUAAAAAGAAGACAGCAGCGACUGUGGAGGAGGGUGAGAGGGAAGAGGGCGAAGGGGAAACGGAAGGACCGGUCUUGAAGUAA